AUGAGAGGUGGCUAUGUGAGAGGAGGAGCCUCUCGAGCUCACGAUCCUAGAACUAAGAUGAGAGAAGAGGGAGAGCUAAUCCAUCGCAGCAUGAAGAAAGUGAAAAAAGCAGGAGGGGGAGAGUUUACAGGGGACACUGGACUCACCCCUCGCUUGGAAGAUUGGAUGGUAGAAGAAGAGGUAGAGGGAGGGGACUGUAGAACUGAACCAGAACCAGAAAAAAAAACUCAGAUGGAUGAAGAUAGAGGAGAAACAAGAUCACCACCUUCCUUUGCGGACAAAGUCAGAAAUGGAAAAAGUAAGGAAGAAGGAAGGAAGGAGGACAUACAAGCCAACAGAGAAGUAGUAUCCUCAGAGGAUGAAGACGAGGAAUAUUUGGAGAUAACAGUGAAAAAACUGCCCAGCGGUAUAUAUAACAUCGUCAUAGGAGAAGGAGUGAAAAGAGAACUCAGAAAGAACUGGUGGGAGACCUUGAUUGUCAAGCUACUAGGAAGAAAAAUUUCUCUGGUUGCUCUCAAAAGAAGACUAGAGGUAAUGUGGGGAAAGAAUGGGAGUAUAGAUGUUAUUGAUUUGGGAAAUGAAUUUUUUUUAGUAAAGUUUUACAACUCUGAAGAUUUGGAUUUUGCCCUCAUGGAAGGUCCAUGGAAAAUCUUAGAUCACUACCUAACAAUACGACUAUGGAAACCAGAUUUCAAUCCUACUGAGACAAUUAUUGACAGCACAGCUGCUUGGAUUAGACUCCCUGGACUUGCUAUAGAAUACUACAACAAAGCAGUGUUGGAAAAAAUUGGCAACAUUGUAGGGAGAACCUUAAAAGUGGACACAAACACAGCUGAUGUGGCUAGGGGAAAAUUUGCUAGGGUUUGUGUGGAGGUUGAUCUUACAAAACCCUUAGUCUCUCAAUUCCAAAUCAAUGGAAAAAAUCAUUUAGUAGAAUAUGAAGGGCUCCAUCAAGUUUGCUUCCUAUGUGGCAGAUUUGGACAUGAUAAAUCGAGCUGUACAGAAAAACAGCGGAUGAACAAUGCAACACAAAAAAACCAAGAAGAAGCUCAACAGGCAAAUUCAGAUGUUGAAGGAAAGGGCAGAAUAGAAAAUAACACAGAAAACAGGGGCAAAAAAGUCAUGGAAGGACCAGUAGAAACUUACGGUCCUUGGAUAUUGGUUCAAAGAAAUACACGUGGCAGAAAAAGCACAGAAGGAGGGGAGGGCAGCAGCAGUGGAGGAAAUGUAAAAGAAAAAGAGAAUAAAAAUACCGUUAGUGAAAACAAAUCUCGUUUUGCAGUGCUGGAGAAUGAGGUAUCAGAGAACGUGGAAGCAGAGGAAGUCGGUGAGGACAAUGCUGGAAGGUUAAUGAAUGAGAGAGAAAUAUCUCAGGAGAGGCACAAGGAGGGACCAGAACCUACAGAUAGAACAAAUCAAAAAACAAAUGGCCACAACAGCAAAAAAUAG